GUUUUUGUCUAUAUAUAGCUUUUUGUAAUGGAAGAACACAUCAACAAGACAACCCAAGGAAAGCAAAAAUGAGUUAUAAACAACUUAAGGCUUUCAUUUUGUUGCUUGUCUGUCUUUACAUUGUUGAGUCAGAAGCUCAGCUUCAGGUGGGGUUCUACCAAAGUUCGUGUGGCUUGGCUGAGUUGAUCGUGAAACAAGAAGUUAGAAUUGGAUUCAUCAAAGACAAAGGAGUGGCUGCUGGCCUUGUUAGACUGCAUUUCCAUGACUGUUUUGUCAGGGGGUGUGAUGGCUCAGUGCUGAUAGACUCCACUCCAUCAAACACGGCGGAGAAGGAUGCUCCACCCAAUAAUCCGAGCCUUCGAGGGUUUGAAGUCAUUGACAAUGCAAAGUCCAGGCUUGAAGCCAUUUGUAAAGGCGUAGUUUCUUGUGCAGAUAUACUGGCUUUUGCAGCUAGGGAUAGUAUUGAGAUCACUGGAGGACUUGGAUAUGAUGUCCCUGCUGGGAGGAGAGAUGGUAGAGUUUCCGUAGCUUCUGAGGCAUUGUCAAACCUGCCACCUCCUACAUUCGAUGUGAAUCAACUCACAAAAAUGUUUGCAACCAAGGGUUUAACACAAGAAGAAAUGGUUACACUUUCUGGAGCACACACUCUGGGCCGAUCUCAUUGCACAUCCUUCAUUAACAGACUCUACAAUUUCAACUCAAAUUCAAGCCAGGACCCAACUUUAGACACCACGUAUGCUGCCCAAUUAAGGCAAAAGUGCCCACAGAACUCAAAUGCAAACCUGGUGGUGCCCAUGGACCCUUCCAGCCCAGCGUUCACUGACGUCGGGUACUACAAAGGUGUGCUCGCGAAUAGAGGCCUGCUUACCUCGGAUCAAACCCUGUUGACAAGCCCACAAACACAAUUCCAAGUGGUUCAAAAUGUGCAGAAUCCAUUCCUUUGGAGAAACAAAUUCGCUGCAGCAAUGGUGAAAAUGGGAAAGAUUGGUGUGUUAACUGGUAAUGCUGGUGAGGUUCGAGCAAAUUGCAGAGUGAUCAACAGCUGAAAGCUCGUGCAAUUGAGGUCUGAGGAAUCUGGAAGGAUGGAUGUUUGACUUCUACAUUAUUUCCAUGCAAGGAUGAAGUUGUAAUCCUUUCUCAAGAACUUCAAUGUUUUUACUUCAUCAUGAUGUCUAAAGUCAAUCUGCUCCUCAGUU